UCCCCUGCAUUCCUAAAGAAGAAGACGAGAGAGAGAGAGAGAGCCACAUUUUAUAGCCAUACUGUGUAUAGAGGGCUACCAAGGGGCCAAAUUCCUUCCUCCUUUCUCUAUGAAACCCUGAUAAAAGAGGGACAGCGGGGGGAGGAAGAGGGGGAUCGAAUUGUCAGCAGACAGCGAGGGAAAGAGACCGAGGAAUUGUGGGAUUUCCGUACGUUGACUUUAUCGAUCGAUCGAUGGGGGCGGAGGGGAUGAUGGAAGGGCGGCUGGUGUUCACGUACGGCACGCUCAAGCGCGGCUUCUCCAACCACGGCCUCCUCCAGGACAUGGUCCGAACCGGGGACGCCGCCUUCGUGGGCGCCGCCCGCACCGCCGGCCGCCUCCCCCUCGUCUGCGGGCCCUACCGCGUCCCUUUCCUCCUCAACCUCCCCGGCGCCGGCGAGCGCGUGUCCGGCGAGCUGUACGCCAUCUCCCCCCGCGCCCUCGCCCGCAUGGACGAGCUCGAGGGCACCCGCAAGGGCCACUACGAGCGCCUCCCCAUCUCCGUCGUCGUCGUCGGUGGCGACGGCAGCCAGGAGGCGGCGGAGGUGGACGCGGAGGCAUACUACGCCCACCGGAGCUACGCGGGGGAGCUGUGGAGGCGGAACGAGGAGACGGGGUACAAGGUGUACUCGGAGAAGGAGGCCAAGGGGUACGUGAAGCGCGCGGAUCGCCCGCAGGACAUCACCUUCCUCGACCAGAUCCGCAUCUUCUUGGCCUCGCCCCAGACUUAAUAGUGCUUAACCGGAUGCCAAUCUCCUCCUCUCCUCUGCUCUUCGUUUGCGUCGGGUUUCUCUCUUUCUCCUUCCUCUAACAUCUCUGUAAUAAGCCCUCUUAGAUUUCACCAGAGCAAGCAAUUUGGCUUGCUGUGUCGCCACUGUAGUUGGGCUUGAUGAAUUGGGAUUGCUCACAUGGAAUGGUCAUAUUCAGCUGAAA